GUCAAACUGGGUUAGCUUGGUAGCUGCAGUUCGGAGGGUCGCAGGCAGUAAUGUCGGCGUCUGUCCCUGAAGAACUGGAAUUAAUUGAGAAACACGAAGAGAUUUUAGGGCGGAGGGCGGAGCUGCUGCAGCGGAUGGAGAGUGGCAGAGAGCGGAUGAACGUGGAGAGGAAGCAGCGGGUGAAAGAGUCAGAGGCCGCUGGCCACAGGAACGCCACCCUGCUGCAGGACUUACAGAAGAUAGAGGAUCGUCUGAGAGGAAGACAGCUGCCACGGCCAAAUCUCUUGGCUCUGGAGACAAGAUAUUGGGUGUCUGUGGAAGAGUCCAUCCCGGCCUGGGAGCACUUCCUCUUGGCUAAAGGUCCACAUCCUACUGAUGAUCCAGGACAGCCACCCAGCAGAGCUAAACAGAAACCCAGCAUAGCUAAAGACCAGGGUCUGCCUCCUCGCCCAAAAGCCAGGACUGCUCGAUAGGUGCGCAGUGGUGGUGAUGGUGAUGGUGAUGGUGCCACUGUAGUCUGAAACAUAGCUUUGAUGGUCACAUUAGGCACAUUUAGUUACCUAAAACUAAACUGAAAACUAAAACGAAGUGUGAACAAAACAUUUUUACAGUUUACUGAAAUCUAAAAACUACACUUUAGAAUAAGAACCAAAACUAACGAACAAUAACAUGUAUUAACAAAACUAACUCAAAGAGCAUAUAUCUGGAAAUGUCCUUAGUUUUUGUCGAUUUGGUCAAAUUUGUCAACACAACAAGCGUUGGUGCAUCCGUUUAUUGAGACUUGAGUCAAUGUGUUUGUAUUGUAAUACCUAUUCUGAACUUCAUAAAUCUUGCCCCUGAUAAAUAUUAUAAUGGAAAAAACGAAUCAAUUAAACUGAAACAAGCAAACCCACUCUGGAAACUAACUGAAACUAAACUGAACCUAAAACAAAAAUAAAAACUAAUGGAAAACACACAAACUAUAAUAACUCUGGUUGUUGCCUCUAAUGAUCUCAGUCAUUCACUCCCAUGGUGUUUGUAUUGAAAGCAAAAUGUUGAUGUGGUGGGAGCAGAACAGCAUGCAGAAUAACCUCACACUGUGUCCAUCUUGACAGUAAGGUGUCUUGGUCUGCUGACCUCUUGAAUAGAGGUUUUCUUUAUGUUUGCAGCAUUAUAUCAGAACCACUAGAGGGAGCCAGUGUCAUAGAUAAAAGUGUCUGGUGAAGCCCCACGUCUAUUUGUAGUUUUUCCACAGACUUAUCCUGUAGGGUCCAUAAACAACUCUGAUUCUGCUAAAAUUUAGUUUGGACAGUCAGGGCUCAGCUAGUAGCUUGAUAAUCGGCUGAAUGACUGUUUUGGUUUUACUUGGAUUAUUCAUUGCGUAUUUGAAAUGCCAGAAAAAUCUGAGAUGUGAGCAGCGACUCCAAGGUCUGCUGCCUGUCUUCUCAAAUAAGACCUCUCAAUUAUCCACCAGUUGUGUCUACAUAUUGUGAUAAGAAUAAAAACAUUUUCUGAUAUUGAUAUAUGAUAUGGCAAAAUAUCUGAUUACAUACAAAUAUCUAAAGAUAUAAAUACAAAUAAAUCUUUUUGUUUUUUAUUAUUGUUAAUUUGGACAAUAGAAAUUGUACAACAUGAUCUGCAAGCCUUAGAGGUCAAUUCAGGCUCACAUUAUUUUAUAAAUGUCAAAUCACCAUAUAACAUUCCAGUGUGAACAGGUCGUGGUCCUGAACUGACCCGCAUGACAAAUCGAUCUAGAAUAGAUCUAGAGUGACAUAAAAGCCACAUGGAUGCUGACAUGACUGUUCACACUUUGGUAAAAAAAUAUCCGACCUGUAUUUGAUCUAGGAUUACAUAUGAAAAUGGCUCGAAUCAGAAUUUGAAAAGAUCCAUGUGAUUGGUGCUGUUCACACUGUCAUGAAAAAAACAGACCUGAGUCACAAAUGAGCAAAAAAAUCUGAUUUGGGCCAACAUAGCCUUUGAGAGUCUAUUCUCAAAAGAAUCUGUUUUGUAAAUUUGUUACAUAACAUCGUUUAUAUUAAACAAUAAAACUAAUUUUAUCUGUGCAUAUAUAUAGUCUUGAAAUAAAUUAGACUUUGGUAUUAAGAUGGGGUACAUUGGUAAAUUUGUCUGUGGCCCUCCAGCUGUAUGAGGCCUCGGUUUUGUCAGUUUGUCAGCCGCUAUGCCUAUGCAGUAUGACUGCUUCCAUUCAUGGGGUUACAGGGGGUCACAACAACAACACAUCCCACAUUUUCUGUGGCUGAUUUAAUCAAAGUUGUGUGUGGAUGUACAGAACAGAGACGUGGGCCGCAGCGACAGUGGACUAAUGAGAGGAACGUCCCACCAAAUUGUCACCAAAUGCCAAAAAACAGCACCUGCUUCUUCAGUGCCAGGGUGGAGGAAGGAAGACCCCCACACCCCCUCACUUUUACCUCCUCUCUCUGCACCACCAGAGAUGGCACCCCCUCCCUCUCUUUAACCCCUAAUUGUUGGUGAUCAGACCUGCGCCCAGCUGACACGGAGUGGCGGCUUGACAAACGCAAUCAUCCGGACAGACAGGGUUGAAGUGGCCGGUGGUUGGCAGCUGCCCCAGCUCCUCAGCUGGGGCCCCAGCCCUGCUGGCCCUCGGGGUGGUUCAACUUGCCACCGGCCACCACUGACUGGACCAGUCUGGACUGAUACGGGCUCAGUGGUGGGGUGCUGGUUUAGUGAAGGGGCAGGAUGGGGAGCAAGUGCUUGUGAGGUCAAGGCCAGGAUUCAAGGAAGGUCUGGGUGGGGGAGGUAGUGGGGCUCUGUGUUCAAUCAUGGGUGACAGGAUUGGUUGGUGGGAGGGAAAGAGGGGGGAUGAUGAAGAUGUGAUGUAGCAAAUUAUCUAAAGGGGUUUUGAAGAGCACGAUCUGGAGCCCUUCCAAAUGACUAGCCCUGCAUUAUGUAUUCUAAUGGCCGAGGCCCCAGGGUGCUGGAGGCCGAGUCGGCGCUGUUGUCAGUGACCAGACCUCCGUUC